CUGAUUGUUUAUUCAAUAUGAAUAUGUAAAUCACAAUCAGGCGAGGGACUUCCGGUAUGGCUGUUGCCACGGAGACGGACCAAACGCCAAUGUCUGACUGUUGGCAUUGUGUGUAGUCACUUUUUACUCGGCCUGAUGUUGUUUUCAGCAGUUCACCUGCAUUUUGAAUCCAUCUAAAGAACGAACCAAGCCGCAGUUAUGUCCCAAAGAUCAUACAAUGAGCUGUGGGCGAACACCCAGGCAGACCUCAGCCAGCUUCUCGAGGAGGAGAUGCCCGAAGAGCCACCGAAGCCAGAAAAAGAUCGGGUGGUAUUCUUUCAACUCCUGGCAACGCGUUAUGUGCGGUACAUCCAGAUAUUCAGGCGGCUGGAGAAGGUCUACGACCAGUUGGUUCAUCCACAGAAGAGAAGGGUUAUAAGGGCCAUUCUGGAGCCUGUCAUGGGAAGAAUCCUAGAACUCAAAAAUGAAAUGGUUGAAAAUGAAUUCUCAGAGUACCACUACAUGGAUGAUAUUCUUCACGAUCUCAAGCUGCUUCCUGAGCACCUCGAUAUCCCUAUUCCUCACUAUUUCAUGUCUGAACAAAGCAAAGAAUACCAAGAGCAGAAAUCCAUGCUGAGUGAAAUCUUCAAAACCGUGGUCAUAGAAAGUCCUGCAGUUGAAGUGAGUCAGAAAAUGAGUCGUGAGGAGGCCAUAAAAAUCAUUCAGAUGGCAGAGAGAGCUCGCCAAGGCCGUCUCAGAGCGAGGUUGAAUGAAGAGAGCAGAGAUAUGAACAUGAUGCAAAAGACCAAAGAGCAAGGAUCGGCUAACCCUGAUCUGGCGGCGAUUUCUAUUCAAAAGGUGUGGAGAGGAUACAUACAACGAAAAAGAACCAAGGCUGCCCGAGAGGCAGAGAUGAUCUUCCUGGGAAUGGUCAUGGAUCCAAGAUUCCAGAUGCCAACUCCAGCAGAAACCAUUGCUUUGGCCAAUGAAGCUUGUACGCGGAUUAAGCAGGCGGAGUAUGAGGAGGACUAUCAAAAGUCUUUAGUUGCGAUUACAAGCCAGCUACGCGUCUCUGAGGGCCACUACCUGAGGAAGACGAUGGAAGAACAGAUCAGACAGUGGUUUAUUGAAUGCCGUGAACUAACAGGGGCUUUCCCGGACUAUCCAGAUGAAGAGGAAGGAGGAUCCACGCUCAUAUUUGCUGAGAGCACUCCUGAGCAGGUUCUGGAAGAGUUGGCAGCAAAGGAGGAGGAGGAGACGGGCAAAAAAGGGAAGGAUGCCAAAGAUGGGAAAGACAAGAGAAAGGAUGAGGAAGAGGAUGCAGGAUUGAAGCUGCAGCCAUCAGCAUUCCUGGCAGAUCUGGAGCUGGGAUGCACCACGUUUGUAGAUUUUUGGCAGACGCGCAAUGAGUCGACAAAUUUUAACCAAAGACACGAGAUUGAGUUAGUCAAAGAGGAAAAGCGGGUGGAAGUGGAGGAGGAGAUCCGACUGAAGGUGGAUGAGCAGAUGAGACUGGUGCUGGAAGAAUGGAAGCAAACGAUUGAUAAAGACAAGGGUGGGAAAGCAAAAGCCAAGAAAAAGGGAGGAAAGAGUGGAAAGAAGAAGAAGGAGAAAGACUUGACGGCUGACAGGACCCUCGAGUCCCUGUGUCAGGAGCUGGUGCAACAGGGCUUGUUGAGAGAAGCACAGCCAGUAAAGAUGGAGGAAUACUUGGGUGACUUCAGCUACCUUGGAACCACACUGAGACAGAACGACAUAGAACCCAUGCCCUCUUUGUCAGAUGUGCGACAGGUCUUGUCCUUGUAUGCAGUUCUGCCAUUAGGCUCGCAGCUGGUUCAUGAAAAGGCUCCGCUGAUCAAGUCGCUCCUGCUGGCUGGGCCGGCCGGUGUCGGGAAGAAGAUGCUGGUCCAUGCUAUCUGUCAGGAGACCGGUGCCUUUUUGUUUGACCUGUCACCCAUCAACACAGCCAGGAAGUACCCAGGCAAGAGUGGUCUGGCCAUGAUGGUUCACAUGGUGUUCAAGGUUGCCAGAUUGAUGCAGCCUUCAGUAAUAUGGGUCGGGGAUGCUGAAAAGAUGUUCUACAAGAAGGUUCCCAAAGAUGAAAAAGAGUUGGAUCCCAAACGUUUAAAGAAAGAUUUACCCAAGUCUUUGAAGCUGAUCAAAGCGGAGGACAGAGUACUUGUGAUCGGUACGACAAAAGCUCCUCUAGCGGCAGACGUCAAGGGGUUUUGUAAACUGUUCAGCAGAGUCCUGCUCAUCCCUCGGCCGGACUACGGUUCAAGAUUCAUCCUAUGGAAGCAAUUAAUUGAAAAACAUGGAGGUACCAUAACAAAAGCCCUGGACCUCAGCUCCCUGGCUAAAAUCUCAGAUGGCUACACCCCUGGUCACAUGGUCCACGUUCUCCAGAACAUUCUGACCAAAAGUCGGAUCCGGCAGCAGGUCAAGAAGCCGCUGACCACUGCUGAAUUCAUUACACCACUAGCUAAAAUCGACCCUGUGUUCCAGGCUGAAGAGGAGGCGCUGAAAGGCUGGUACGCAAAGACCCCCUUGGGGAAGAAGCGGAUAAAGGCGGCUUCAGGAAAUGAAGAACCUCCUAAAGGUGGGAAGAAAGGGAAAAAAUAGAUUCCUGGUCACAGCAUCACGAACAUGUACUGUGCGUCUUGUUAAGUUAUUCAACUGCGCGGCAUUUGGUUACCUCAUAAUAUGACUAGUAUUCAAAUCAAUUCUUGUCUUAUUGCACACUGUAUUUUGCAAGUUUUUUAACCCUU